AUGUCUUCUGCAAACACUUCUUCCCCACGCCAAGUCGCUGGCGCCCCGACUGUCAAGAUCCUCCUCUUCCUAAUCGUCUUCCGCCUUGUCAAUGCGCUCACGGUUCGCACAUUUUUCCAGCCCGAUGAAUUCUUCCAGUCGUUGGAGCCAGCAUGGCAGAUUGCCUUUGGCGCAGGUCAAGACAAUAAAGACCAGGGCGCUUGGAUGACAUGGGAAUGGCAACACCAACUUCGAUCCUCCCUCCACCCUUUCCUUUUCGCUGGAAUUUACAAAGCGACAGAUUCGAUUGCAUCCUUAUUUUCCGCGCCUUCCGCGCGCGCCGAGCUUCUCAUCGCUGCCCCGAAGACUAUACAGGCUGUUUUGUCGGCCAUUGGCGACUUUUACACCUGGAGACUUGCAAGUCGCAUCUAUGGCGAAGAUUCUCGUGGCGCAUGGGCAACUCUGAUCGCUACCAUCAUCAACCCUUGGCAAUGGUUCUGCUCAACAAGAACUCUAUCUAAUUGCCUUGAAACAACAAUUACCAUUGUCGAGUUGAAUAAGUGGCCGUGGCAAUGGUUAGCUGGCUCCCCCACUGGUGAUAGCCGCAAAAUUGCCGGGGAGAAGGCCAAGUCUCAGGAUCGUCAAAUGUUACUGGGUCUUCGCCAAUGCUUGUCGUUGGCGGCAGUCGCCUGUAUUCUCCGCCCAACUAACAUUAUAAUUUGGAUAACCUUGGCUGGACUUGCUUGGCUUCGGAUCUCCUGGAAUCAGCGUAAAGUUCUCGUUCGGGAGAUUUUGCUUUGCGGGUCUACGAUCUUGGGUAUAUCGGCCGUGGCAGACCGUAUAUUUUACGGGUUUUGGACAUUUCCUCCGCUACGCUUUCUAUACUUUAAUAUCGCACAGUCACUAGCAGUGUUCUAUGGACGUAAUAAUUGGCAUUAUUAUGUGACGGAGGGCUACCCACUUCUGCUCACCACACUGCUUCCCUUUGCUGUUCCGGGUCUGUACUUUGCGUUGACCGCGCGAGCUUCAGCCUCUUCACCUUCUGAAAGGGUACAGGCCGCAACCCGAGUACACUUGGCCACAGUAUGUGUCUUGAUGCCAUGUGCGCUAUCCCUCAUAUCGCACAAGGAAGUUCGCUUCAUCUACCCUUUGCUCCCAUCUCUUCAUAUCCUGGCCGCACCUCGUUUAGUGCAAUUCUUCUGGCCAGCUCUUGCCUUCAAUUCCGAGACUCCUAGAAGACUCGUGCUUCUCUUUAUUCUCCUGGUAAAUGGGAGUAUUGCGAUAUAUACGUCUGUAUACCAUGCCUCUGGGCCACUGGAUGUGCUUAGUUACCUCCGUGGCCAAUAUGAGGCCCAUUCAUUACCAAAUAAGAAUAAAGUUGGUCUGGAAACCAAUUUCACAGCCGGGUUUCUGAUGCCCUGUCACAGCACCCCUUGGCGGUCUCACCUGGUCCAUCCUAUGCAUGCAUGGGCCCUCUCCUGUGAACCUCCGGUCGACCUCAAUGAAGCACAAAAGGCUAUCUAUCGUGAUGAGGCUGACCAGUUCUAUGACGACCCAACCCUUUUUCUACAAGAGAAAAUGGCUGGUGGGUUGCGCUACUUACCUCGCCAACCAAGUUACGUAACUGGGCUACCAUCUACGAGUCCAGUUCUCCACGAGUGGCCUGAUUAUCUCAUUUUCUUCGCCCAGCUGGAACCCACCAUGCACAGCCUUGUCCGAGGCUCUUAUGCCGAAUGCUGGCGUACCUGGAAUACAGCCUGGCACGAUGACUGGCGUCGUCGCGGUGAUAUUGUUGUCUGGUGCCUGGACCCGGCCGAGCAAGAUGCAUGGCGUUCGCAAAAAGAAGCAAGUCGGGACCAAAAGCAUUGGACCUCCUUUAUCCCAAGUUCUCUUCCAUUAUCCCUUCCAUCGUCCUUCCCAUUAUCCCUCCCAUCGUUCCCAACCUAUUCCUCGAUUUCGUUCGCAUCCAUACGGGACUUUGCUGAGUCCGUUUUCUCGUCAAGCCCCUGGUCUUGGAAGAAACAAUCGCGCAUUGAUACUUUCUUAUCAAAUUUUCGACAGAAGGGUCCCAGUCGGCAAGAUUGGGUUCCAACUUGGCCGGAAUGGCUGGGCGGCACGUACUUGCGGGACUUUGCUGGGCCCGUUUCCUCGUCAAGCCCCUGGUCUCGGGAGGAACACUCGCGCAUUGAUAAAUUCUUAUCAAACUUCAGACAGAAGAGUCCCAGUCGGCAAGCUUGGGUUCCAUCUUGGCCGGAAUGGCUGGGCGGCACGUACUUGCGGGACUUUGCUGGGCCUGUUUCCUCGUCAAGCCCUUGGUCUCGGGAGGAACACUCGCGCAUAGAUGAAUUCUUAUCAAGUUUCAGACAGAAGGGUCCCAGUUGGCAAGGUUGGUUUUCAUCUUGGCCGGAGUGGCUGGGCGGCGCGUCUAAGAGGAAAAUCGGUAAACGGGAGCGCGCGUUAUGG